AUGAUGGCCAUGAUGGAUCAGCAUGCGAUGUUCGCGACUGGAUACUACGAGCUGCCUUCGCCUUCAUACACAUCUAUGGAGGAGGGCAAGUCAUCGUUAAUAUUACAAUCAACUUUCGCGCCACCGGCGGCGCCGAGUAAACAAAACAAUACGAGACAACGCGAUGGUGACGAGAAGUCGUUCUUGCUACUCUCACUGAAGGCCUCGGAUGACGACGAAUAUAUCACGCCCCUGCCUUUAUAUACGCCUAUUGACGAGCACCCACCGCCCGCUUAUAUCAAGGAAAUCGAGGAAGAGGUAGCGACUAGUCAUAUUCUAACACACAAGUCAUUAUACAUGUGUCCCGAGAGAUCGAGAUCGUCAGCAUCAUUAUUUGGUGAAGGAUUAUACGGUGUGCGAGAACGGGCACCCAACAAGAAGAAGGGCGCAGCAAAGGCCUCGUCCGCAAAGAAAAGCGCGGAUAAGAAAACGACUGCCAAAGCGACGACAACUGGAGGGAAGAUUAGUGGUUCAGGAGGCACAAGUGGUGCUGGCGACGAUGAGGACGAGAAGAAGAGAAAGAAGGAUGAGGACCGGAGGAAGAGGGAGGAGGAAGAGCUCGAGAAGCUGAGGAAGGAGGAGGAGGAAGAGAAGAAGAGGAAGGAGGAGGAGGAGGCGGCUGCAGAGGAGGAAAGGUUGCGCUUGGAGGAGGAAGAAAAGGAGCGACUCCGACUGGAAGAGGAGGAGAAAGAGAGACUGAGGUUAGAGGAAGAAAAGCGAAUCGCCGAUGAAAUCGCGAAUAGCACUAAUGCAUGGGGUAAUGAUGAUGAGGAGGAGGAACAAAAUACCGGAGGUGGGUGGGGCUUCUUAGGUGGGAGGAAGAAGAAGGAAGUCAAGGCAAAGAAAGUUGCGCCAGCACCAGCACCAGCACCAGCACCAGCACCAGCACCAGCACCAGCACCAGCACCUCCACCUCCACCUCCACCCGCACCUACACCACCAGUGGUAGAAGUAGCACCUGCUCCCCCACCACCACCCACGCCGCCCCAAGAGGAAUCGGUACCUGGUGGGUUUGUCGAAGCCGUGGAAGUUGUCCAAGAGGUCCAGGAGACACCGAAGGAAAAGGAAAGGAGGGAGAAGCUGGAAAGAAGAAGAAAGAGAGAGGAAGAUAAACUCGCCAGACUCUCCAAGGGGUUGCCAGCGAGGAAGUCAAGGAGGGAAGCAGAAGCAGAGGCCGCUGCAGCAAAGCCAGCCGUAGAGGUUGUUGAAGCACCAGCGCCCGCUCCCGCUCCCGCGCCCGCACCUCCACCGGUAGAAGAGGCAGUCCCUGCACCGGAACUGCCGGUGGAAAGCGACGAAGUUGUCUCGCCAAAAAUAGACGUCGAUGAUAUUGAUGACAACGAGGAUAAUGUCAGUCCAACAAACAGCGCGCCCAAAUUAUCCGGAUUCGGUGGGAUCGGUUUGGGCUGGGGAAGGUUGGGUCUUGGCCUCACAAAGUGGGGUGCCGCCUCACAGGGCAGUGUUGACUCCACUUCUCCAAACGGUUCUGCGAUCGGGUCGAAGAAAACAACACCCGUCGACGAAACACCAAAGGAUUUAUUCCCCCCAACGAAGAAAGAACUGAGCGAGACUAUCGCAAACCAGAAAAAGGUCGAGCCUGAACCACUGCCAGAACCAGUGGUUGAAGUGGUCGAACCGGAACCUGAGCCGGUCAAGGAUGAGAUUCCAGAACAAGCUGCGGAGCCAGUUAUCAUGCCACAAGAAGCGCCCGUCGAAGACGAUUUCGGUUACGUCAAAAAGGGGAAGAAGGGAAAGAAGACAGGAAAAGUCGCUUCGCUUGCUGGUGUCUAUGAGAAGCGCGCAUCCACCAUCAAGAAGGAUGUAGUGGAGAAGCCAUCCAAGUCGAAAUCCAGAUCAACUGCAAUCCCGGUUGAGGAACCUACUGAGCCCGAGGCGCCUGAGCCUGAGCCAGUAGUCGAACCUCCAGCAAAGGAACCAGAAGAAGAGCAAGAUUUCUACUACGGCCCAGGCUACGAGAAGGUAAAACAGCGCAAAUACGCCGACACGCAGGAGGUUAGGUAUGCCGGUAAAUCCAACAUAGGAUAUGUUCCCACCCCCGAAGAGACCCCAUAUGUGCCAAUUCCUAAGGAACCAGCAUAUGCGCCAGUACCAGAAGGACCCAAGUACGCUGAACCUAAGCAAUUCGAGUAUGCGACACCCAAUAUUUGGGGUCUCGGCAAGAAGGGUAGGAGAAAUGCAAAGGCCGAAGUAGCUACAGCUCCCGCACCCCCUCCACCAAUCGUUGAACGAAUUCCAACACCCGAGCCCGAACCAAUUCCUGAUCCAGUUGUCGAGCAACCCAAACCUGAACCUGAGCCUGAACCAAUUGUUGAACCCGAGCCCGUACCCGUUCCAGAACCAGCGAAGCCCACAAAGAAUGAAAAGAAGCAGAAGAAAAAGAAGGGUUGGUUCUUUGCUGAGCCCGAGGAAUCUGAACCUGAACCAGUCCCGGAACCGCCGGUUGAAGAGACUCCUGUUGUGGAAGUUCAAAUUCAGGUGACGGAGGCAGAGCCCGAGCCGGAAGAAGAAGAACCAGAGGCGGAGUUUGUUGAAGCUGUCGCAGAGGUGGUCGAUGCUGAACCUGAGCCUGAGAUUCCUGCCAUUGUCGAGCCCGAAAUGGCUCCCGCACCUGGCCCCGAAGCUAGAAGAACAAGAAAAGAUGUCAAAGACGUUUCAGUCUGGAGCUUACUCGCACCGCCGAAGCCGAAGAAGAAAAGCCCAGGCACCGAGAAGUCCAAGGAACGAAGACUUUCAACGGAGAUGGACGCCAAUGGGAGCCCAGUCAAGACCGUAGGGCUCCGCGAACUGUGGAAGCUGAACAAGGAGGUCGAGAGGAAGAAGAAGAACGCAAGAGGCCUCUCACCUGUCGAGAGAUGGCAGGCCGACGUUGUGCCCGAAAUGCCACCGCCAGACGACGAGGACGAGUAUAAUAGUAUGGAGAUCGAUAAGGGCGGUCACGUGGAUGCCGCUGAUGCCGAUAUUCCGCUGUCAUCUCCCCCUCCAACAAUGCUUCCAAUAGAGUCCUAUCUUGUCCCCGAUACCCCUAUCGCUGCGCAAGCACCGUCACCAGUCUGGAAAGAGGCACCACCACCCUUUUUCGCACCAGUCUCUCGCAAGUCUUCUUCAAAGAAAGAUAGGAAAAAGAGGUCUGAUCCAACUGUCGAACUGCAAGCCAAUCCGAUUGUCGAGGAGCCAGAGCCAACUGCUGAACCCGCCGAACCUGAACCGGUACUAGUAACAGAGCCUACCAAGCGAGAGCCAAGGCAAAGGAAGAAGACCUGGGGUCGGUUUUUCGAAACGGUAGACGAGCCAGAGCCAGAACCAGAACCGGUUGUGAAACCUGAGCCUGAGCCAGAGCCAGUGGUUGAAGCGCCCGCAGUCGAGCCAGAGCCAGUGGCCAAAGAACCAGAACCGAUCGUCGAGGCAGCACCCGAACCUGAGCCUGCUAAACCUCCGCGGAAGGAGCGAAAACAGAAAAAGAAGGGCUGGUUCUACACUUCACCCGAAACUGAUACUGAGCCCGAGCCAGUCGUUCAGGAACCUGUGCAAGAGCCUGAAAUUGAACCUGCACCAGAGCCAAUUGUUGAGCCGGGACCAGCGCCAGCGCCAGAACCAGUGAGUAGGCUACCGGUGAGAUCCAAUAGAAAUACCAAGAAAGGCUGGAUCUUUGGAGGGUCUACCCAAUCACCAGUGUCCGGGCCGCCAACACCAUCAGUGUCCGAGCCUGUUCCUGAACUCGAAUCAGAAUCGGCGGGCGAGCCAGAAUUAGAGCAGGAAAGUGCUGCACGGACACCUGAGCCCAGUGAACCUGAAGCACACUUUGAAGAAGGUCAAGAGGGAGAACAUUCACCAACACGUUUGGCAAUCGAGUGGCCUGAAGAGAAAGUACGAUCAAAGGAGCGGCGCCAUAGCCAAAAACACAAGGACCUAAAGGAAGGAGUUGUUGAAUCCAGGAAAAAAGAAAAGCGCCGGAGUCGCAAGCUUGACGAGCCAAGUGCAGCACCUUCCUCGACAUCAAAGCCACCUUUGAUGGAAAGGAGAGGAACUUACGCACUUUCAGGAGCACCCAAAAUGGAGAGAAGAGGAGCCCACUCCAGCUCAGCACCUUCAAUGGAGCGAAGGAAUACUACAAGUUCUACCAACGACGAUGCCGAAAAGGCAGCCCGUAGAGAACGCCGACGCUUAAAGAAACUAGCUGAGGAGGAAGCAGAAAAAGUAAGAUUGGCAAAGGAAGCAGAGGAAAGGGAGCAUGCAGAGAGGGAGCAGCGACGCGCAGAGAGACGAGAAAAACGGGCCAGGAAAGAAGCAGAGGAAAAGGAAGCUAGGUUGGCCGCUGAAAAACAGGCUUUAGCAAAGGAAGCAGAACGUGCAGCCCGGGAAGAGAAACCAAAGCUCGAGAGACGCAAGUCAUCAAAGAGACAUACCCACAUCGAACCUAUCGUUGGAGCAGUAGAGGAGACCCGCGAAGAAAAGGAAGCCCGAAGGGAAGCACGUAGGGCGAAGAGGGCAGCUAAGGAACAUGGUUCGGGCACUGGCAGUGGUAGUCAUGGAAGAUCCAAUAGAAAUUCCAUCAACCAUGCAGCACAACUUGCGACGGCCAUGAAAGGCAUUCCGCACUCAGCAGACCCUUACCCACACGAAGGCGAGCGCAGUGAUCAUUAUCAAAGCGCAUACGAAGAAGAAGCCCGCAGACGAAGAAGGCUGGAGCGUCACAACAUCAAAAAAGCCCAGAAGGCGGGCAUCUGGACCAACGGCGAAGCACUCAGUGGUUCCGUCACCCCCGAACGAGUUCCUACCGAAGAGAUUAAUGGUGUCAAUUUCUCUUCAAGCACAUCGCAGGACCUUGCACAAGAGGAAGCUAUCAGAGAACGCCGAAGGAAGCGGAAGGAGGCCAGAAGGAGUUUGCACGAGACCGUCGUUGAUGAUGACGAAGCGAAACGCCUUAAGAAGCUUCAAAGGAAGGAGGAGAAGCGCGCGAAAGAGUUGAAGGACAUGAAUGUGGUGAAAGGCAAAGAUGCGAAGAUGUCCGGCGCCAAGGAAAAGGUGGUGAAGAACCCUGAGGACAGAGCCUUGAAGCGAGAGCAGAGGGCGAAGAGGCGGGUGGAAAGUGAGAGAUUUAAUGGCGCGUUGACUGAGAAUGAGGGCUCAUCCAAAAACAAAUGGUGGAAGAAGCUUUUGGGUUAA